AUGGCCCAUUUGCAGUAUUCCUACUACCCGGGCGUCGGCGAGGAAGCCACCAAGGAUCUCGGGUACAAGCAAGCAGUCCGCAUUGGAGACAAGAUUGAGUGCUCCGGUCAAGGCGGCUGGUGGCCGGAAAAGCAGGGGAUCCAAUUCCCCAAGGAGAUCAAUGAGCAAAUCGACCAGGCUUUCAAGAAUGUCGACUUGACGCUCAAGACGGCCGGCGGCCAAGGCUGGUCACAGGUCUACCGCGUCAACUCGUAUCACCUUCCCCUCAAUGACGAAGCUCUCCAGGCCAUGGCGCGCAACUUCAAAAAGUGGAUGCCGGAUCAUCAGCCCAUCUGGACGGCAGUAGGUGUCGCUCGACUGGGAGCGGAUGAUAUGCGAGUCGAGAUUGAGGUUGCAGCACACAUUCCCAAUGCGUAA